UCCCCGGUGACGGCGUAGCCUUUCGAAUCAACAUUCACUAUCACCCACUCUCUGAACGAAUCAACGGCGGCGGCGGCGGCGAGCCGGCGACGCGACGGUCCCAGCGAAGGUGGCGGAGCCCAUAAUGCAUGUUGCAUAUCGCGCUGCGGAGUCAGAGCCCACGACUGUGCAGUCGCCUGGCGUCGACUCCAUGGACGCCAUCGGCAGCGACAUUGAAGGUCGCUGGCGACGGGGAAGAGAGGCCGGAGACGAAGAAGAGGAGAGGAGCGAACCGCAGUUCCAGGAACCGCACUGAUAUGGUGCGGGAUCCAUACCCUGCUCGAAGGCAAGCCAUCAGCUGGCGCAUUGUUCUGUGCUUGUUCUAGGUUGAUUUAAACAGUGAAGUGUUAACUCAGGAACAUCACAAGUUGCCUAGAAAUGCUGACACAGGCAGAGCUACCAAUAACUUCACAGUGCAAAAGCAACUGCCUACCCAGCCUCCAAAGGAACGAACGUAUAUAGACAUGCUACUGGGAGAUGAGAAUUUUGAUCUACCACCGUAUGUUUCAGAAGAUGCCAAUUCCUACAGUUCACCAUCAAAGAUUGAGGUUCCACUGAUGAGUUUGGUGGACCACAAGGCAGCACGAAGUGCGAAGGUGAAACAUCCAGGUCAAGUUUGCCAUAGUGAAAUCAUUGUGCCUGACUCUAGUGCUGGCUCAGGUCCACGGUUUUCAGUUGCUCCAGUGUACACUUCUGCUACUUCGACUUUUCCUGAACCAGUGGAAAUAGAGGAGGCAUGCAAUCGUGCAUUCGUUGACCCAGACCAAGAAAUUGGCUACCGACUCUGGCAUCAGUCGUUUGAGGAUCUUAAGAAUCAGUAUGCUCUUCAUGUUGAGGUGGCAUAUCCUGGGAGACUUCCACCAGAUACAAAGGAUCCUGGACAUGGAACGAUUGCUGGUUUUUCUCAAACCCAACAUUCUAGUGGCAGACCGGGCAAUAUCCACAACUAUGGCCAUGUACCGAACAACAGAAACUUUGAGUUCCAUUACCUUCUUGAGCAGAUAAAAAAUCCACUGAACCAUUCAAUGCAGCUCAUUCAUAUCAAGGGUCAUGUACCUUCUCUCAGUGUUGAUCCAGCUGGGAGCUUCUUUAUUCAAAAGAUGCUCGACACAGCAACUACUGGAGAAAUAACUAUGCUGUAUAAAGAAAUUGUGCCUCGCGUUUGCACACUGGCAAAAGAUGCCUUUGGCAACUAUGUCAUCCAGAAGCUUCUUGAGCAUGGACUGCCAAUUGACAUUAGGAAACUGAUUGGUCAUCUAUUCGGGCAGAUGUUAGGCCUAAGCCUUGACGUCUAUGGUUGUCGAGUGAUCCAGAAGGUUUUUGAAAUAAGCGACAUUGAUCAGCAGAUAGAGAUGGCCAAGGAGCUUGGUAGCAACCUGUUGAAAUGUUCAUGUGACCAACAUGCAAACCACGUUAUUCAGAAAUGCAUAGAGUGUGUGCCAGCACAGUGUAACCGAUUCCUCUAUAGAAGCUUAUGUGGGAAGGUCAAAAUGUUGUCUUCCCAUCCUUACGGAUGCCGUGUUGUUCAGAAAGUGCUGGGGUUCUGCAAGGAUCCACAGAUCCUUUGUGCUUUAGUCAAGGAAAUUGUCGAAUGUGCCAACGAGCUGUCGGUUGACCCGUUUGGAAACUACGUUGUGCAGUACAUUGUGGAGCAUGGAGGGCCCCACAACCUGGGAGCCAUUCUGCGGAAGUUUUCUGGGCGGAUUGUGCACAUGAGCUGCCAGAAGCACUCUUCCAAUGUCAUUGAGAAGUGCCUAAUCCACGGCAGCCGCCACGCUCGCCAGCGGAUCAUAAAUGAGACCCUCUAUGCAGGGGGUGCUGGGAAUGCUGAUCAUCUCCUGGGUAUGAUGAUCGACCAGUAUGCCAACUAUGUGGUGCAGAGGAUGAUCAGCGUGGCGGACAAGUGGCAGUUCAAGGUGAUCAUAGACGUGGUGCGCCGCAAUGUGGGCAAGCUGGUGACAUACACCCAGGGGAGGCACGUGAUCAAGCAGGCCGAGAAGCUCGUCAAUGCUAGGGCGAGGCUCCAUCGCUCUCUGGUGUGAGAUCAUAGAAGUAAUAAUCUACCCACCAUACAAUCCCCGAAUCCUGAACCUGUAAGUGCCGCAACACAGGAAGAAAAGCACCGGGAAGCUAGCCUGGAAUAUCAUGCUCCUUGUAUGGAUUUUGCUUCAAUACACAACACUGUGGGUCUAUGCAUCAAUUCCUAGAUUGGUGUAGGAAUCGUAUUUGCUCCCUAUGUAGUUCCAGCGAUACUUUUUGAAUAUUGAGGGUUCGAAUUACUGUGUUACAUUGCGGGAGCUGGAUGUGAUAAUCAGUAAAACUGGUAUGAACUUA